AUUUGUUUCCAUUUUGCUUUACGAUUUCAGACGCCUGCAUAAAAACUUUGUUUUUUAUUUCAUCCAGAAGUUUUCCUAUCCGUCCUAUCUGUCAUUGUACAAUUGUGUGUUGUGCGACUGCCUUUUCUGCCACGGGAAACGCUGCGUGUUUGUGCAGCGAAUUCAAUUUGAGGUGAUUUUGUGACGAAGUAAAAAGUCAUGAGAAUCUCCUAACACUAGCACAGUAACAUAGUAUGGUCAGUCUGAUCAGAAACUUUGGAUCGAAUACGUUUUCUACCGUUGCACACAGGGAGGUCGAUUUUUCGAAGACUCUUCGGUCAGGAUGGACGACAGUCACACUAUGCUGGAUCCGAUUCUUGCCUCUGAGGAUGACGAUGGAUUUCGUCCUCUGAACACGGUACCAGCUUUCAGUUUCCAUCUUCUUGUUUCGAGUUGUAUCUCACUUACUGGAAUCAUAUUGGCGGCUACUUGGGAAGACAGCCGGCGUUGCGAAGCGUACUUCAUCAUGCUUUAUCUGCGUGCCGCUUUCUGGCUUUUGACAUAUCUUUUCGAUCAUUUUGUUAAAAACCGGCACGAGAAACUUCGAUUGAAUGGGUACCAUGAGUUCCAUCGAGCAACCGCAUAUCAUCGAACGGUCCCGCUGCAAAUCGUCUCGCUGUGGAAUACGUUUCUGCUAGCGACACAGACACUCAUUCAGCACUACUAUGGUGACAGCUUUGCGGAAAAGUGCCUGGUUGUGGGUUUACUCUCACCGAUCGUCUACAUCACGCUGUUUUCUUCGUUGGAAACUGUCGUGCUGUCCAUUGUAAGCGGUUUCUAUAUGGCGAAAGUUAUACGAUUCAAUCGGUCUGCUGCAGCUCCGGACGCAUUGCAAGGAAGCCGAGGUCAUAGCAGUGGAUCGCUUGGGCUCACUCAGCAAGGACUGAGCACCGCUGAGCUACUGGAAAAGCAGGCAGAUUUGAUCAACUAUUUGAAGGAUCACAACCUAAAGCUGAACCAGAAGAUCAUGCAAAUGAACGCCCAGGUCCGAACGGUUACCUUUCCUGGGUAGAAUGAAAAGUGUUUUUUCCCCUGUUAGUGUGGGCCACCCACAAUUUGGAGACUGGCGUCGUUUGUACAUUAAGACUGGUUCAUUGGUGAUUAAACGAAGAAUACCCGUUUUGGAGAGUAUAGCUCUGAAUAUGAAGUUGCAUUCUUUAGGCAUUAGUUCAAAAAUGUAAGCAUUAGUCCAUUAAUUUGUUUUCGAACAAUAAAAAAUUGCGUUUUCAUUCUGUA